AUGGCCCUCAAGAGAAUUAACAAGGAGCUCACUGACCUCGGCCGUGACCCGCCCUCUUCCUGCUCCGCCGGCCCUGUCGGCGAGGACCUGUUCCACUGGCAAGCGACGAUUAUGGGACCUGGUGACUCUCCUUACUCCGGCGGCGUCUUCUUCCUUGCGAUUCACUUCCCCACCGACUACCCCUUCAAGCCUCCCAAGGUCAACUUCACCACUCGCAUCUACCACCCCAACAUCAACUCCAACGGCAGCAUCUGCUUAGAUAUUCUCCGUGACCAAUGGAGCCCGGCGUUGACCAUCUCCAAGGUCCUGCUCUCCAUCUGCUCGAUGCUGACGGACCCCAACCCUGACGACCCGCUCGUCCCCGAGAUUGCACACGUCUACAAAACCGACCGUGCUAGGUACGAGGCCACCGCCCGCGAGUGGACUCGCAAGUACGCUAUCUAG